AUGUCCCGGCCGCUGACAGACCAGGAGAAGAGGAAGCAGAUCAGCGUGCGCGGCCUGGCCGGCGUGGAGAACGUGACCGACCUGAAGAAGAACUUCAACCGGCACCUGCACUUCACGCUGGUCAAGGACCGCAAUGUGGCCACCCCCCGCGACUACUACUUCGCGCUGGCCCACACCGUGCGCGACCACCUGGUGGGCCGCUGGAUCCGCACGCAGCAGCACUACUAUGAGAAGGACCCCAAGAGGAUCUACUACCUGUCUCUGGAGUUCUACAUGGGCCGGACGCUGCAGAACACCAUGGUGAACCUGGCCUUGGAGAACGCCUGCGACGAGGCUGUUUACCAGCUGGGCCUGGACAUGGAGGAGCUGGAGGAGAUCGAGGAGGACGCCGGGCUGGGCAACGGGGGCUUGGGCCGGCUGGCAGCCUGCUUUCUGGACUCCAUGGCGACCCUGGGCCUGGCGGCCUACGGCUACGGGAUCCGCUACGAGUUUGGGAUUUUUAACCAGAAGAUCUGCGGGGGCUGGCAGAUGGAGGAGGCUGAUGACUGGCUUCGCUACGGCAACCCCUGGGAGAAGGCCCGUCCGGAGUUCACGCUGCCUGUGCACUUCUACGGCCGGGUGGAGCACUCCAGCCAGGGCGUCAAGUGGGUGGACACACAGGUGGUGCUGGCCAUGCCCUACGACACGCCGGUGCCCGGCUACCGCAACAACGUCGUCAACACCAUGCGCCUGUGGUCCGCCAAGGCCCCCAACGACUUCAACCUCAAGGACUUCAACAUCGGAGGCUACAUCCAGGCCGUCCUGGACCGCAACCUGGCUGAGAACAUCUCCCGUGUCCUGUACCCCAACGACAACUUCUUCGAGGGCAAGGAGCUGCGGCUGAAGCAGGAGUACUUCGUGGUGGCCGCCACCCUCCAGGACAUCAUCCGCCGCUUCAAGUCCUCCAAGUUCGGCUGCCGCGACCCCGUGCGCACCAGCUUCGACGCCUUCCCGGACAAGGUGGCCAUCCAGCUCAACGACACGCACCCCUCCCUGGCCAUCCCCGAGCUGAUGAGGAUCCUGGUGGACCUGGAGCACCUGGACUGGGACAAGGCCUGGGAGGUGACGGUGAAGACCUGCGCCUACACCAACCACACCGUGCUGCCCGAGGCGCUGGAGCGCUGGCCCGUGCACCUCUUGGAGACGCUGCUGCCGCGGCACCUGCAGAUCAUCUACGAGAUCAACCAGCGCUUCCUCAACCGGGUGGCGGCCGCCUUCCCGGGGGACGUGGACCGGCUGCGGCGCAUGUCCCUGGUGGAGGAGGGCGCGGUGAAGCGCAUCAACAUGGCGCACCUGUGCAUCACCGGGUCCCAUGCCGUCAACGGCGUGGCUCGCAUCCACUCCGAGAUCCUCAAGAAGACCAUCUUCAAGGACUUCUAUGAGCUGGAGCCUCAUAAGUUCCAGAACAAGACCAAUGGUAUCACCCCUCGGCGCUGGCUGGUUAUGUGUAACCCUGGGCUGGCAGAGGUCAUUGCUGAGCGCAUCGGGGAGGAUUACAUCUCAGACCUGGACCAGCUUCGCAAACUGCUCUCCUAUGUGGACGAUGAAGCCUUCAUCCGGGAUGUGGCCAAAGUGAAGCAGGAGAACAAGCUGAAGUUCUCGGCGUAUCUGGAGAACGAGUACAAACUCCGGAUCAACCCCAACUCGCUCUUCGACGUCCAGGUGAAGCGGAUCCAUGAAUACAAACGCCAGCUCCUCAACUGCCUGCACAUCAUCACCCUGUACAACCGCAUCAAGAAGGAACCCAACAAGUUCGUUGUGCCCCGCACGGUGAUGAUUGGAGGGAAGGCUGCCCCUGGGUACCACAUGGCCAAGAUGAUCAUCAAACUCAUCACGUCCAUCGGGGAUGUGGUCAACCAUGACCCGGUGGUGGGAGACCGGCUCCGCGUGAUCUUUCUGGAGAACUACAGGGUCUCGCUGGCCGAGAAAGUGAUCCCGGCCGCCGACCUCUCUGAGCAGAUCUCCACUGCGGGCACUGAGGCCUCAGGCACUGGCAACAUGAAGUUCAUGCUCAACGGGGCUCUGACCAUCGGCACUAUGGACGGGGCCAACGUGGAGAUGGCAGAAGAGGCGGGAGAGGAGAACUUCUUUAUCUUCGGCAUGCGGGAGGAGGACGUGGCCAAGCUUGACCAGAAGGGGUACAACGCCCAGGAGUACUACGACCGCAGCCCUGAGCUUCGCCAGGUCAUCGAACAGCUGAGCAGCGGCUUCUUCUCCCCCAAGCAGCCAGACCUGUUCAAGGACAUUGUCAACAUGCUCAUGCACCACGACCGGUUUAAAGUCUUUGCAGAUUAUGAGGACUACAUUAAAUGCCAGGAGAAAGUCAGUGCCCUGUACAAGAACCCGAGAGAGUGGACGCGGAUGGUGAUCCGGAACAUAGCCACCUCUGGCAAGUUCUCCAGCGACCGCACCAUUGCCCAGUACGCCCGGGAGAUCUGGGGCGUGGAACCCUCCCGCCAGCCCCUCCCGGCCCCCGAUGAUCUGGCCUGA